AUGUCACGUAGAAGUAGACGCAUACGAGGACAGAUACCAGAGUUCCCCGAACUUGAACAUGUCCAGCAACCUACUGCACAGGCCGAAGGACCUGAAGAUCCUGAGCAUCCCGAAGAACGUGAGCAACCUUGGGAAGAGGUUCAAGAGCUUGAUGAACAACCUCAAGAGGAAAGUCAAGAGCCUCAACCGCAGCAAAUCUCACAACAAAGCGCAAAUCGUGGAGGACAAGGGCGUAGGCCGGGAAGAGGUCGACCUCGUUGGAUACAAUGGCCGGAAGAAGAGACGCAUCAAUAUCAGCAACAACAGUAUUAUGUACCGAAUUAUCAUCAGCAAUAUCUUAGACAUCCCUACCAUCAACAGCAUCAUCAACAACAUCAUGAACCGCCUUAUCAGCAUAAUGGGCAGCAAUAUUACGAACAGCAACAACAAUAUCAUCAUCAACAACAGCAGCAACUUUAUCAUGAACGAAACGAACAACGAAAUAAUCAGGAGCAGCAGCAGUACUUUGGACCACGACAAAAUCAUCAACAACCUUUUUAUUAUAACCCUGUUCAUCCGCAAGGACCGCACAGAAUAUACUCACCUGUAUAUGAUCCCUCAUCGACUGCAGAUCCACUGCGAGUACAUGAACAACAGCGACGACUUGGACACCACCAUCAGCAACACCGCCGGACGGAGUCACUAGCAGAUGAUCAAGAUAUAGCUCCCUUCCUUUUAGGAUACCCGUUAAAUCCCUAUAGAACAGGUUGGCAACAGCUUCCUGCUUUGCAGAGACAUGAUUGGCAGCCUCGAUAUUAUAAUGGUCCACAGUACAUCGCUCCUCAACCACGUCGUCCUUUAAAUUCAUUUAUUAAUUCUCUUCAAGAAUUACUGCAAGAGCAACAGCAACAACAGCCCUCUUCUUCCGUACAACCACCAAAGUCAGGAUCAUCAACAGAGCUCAUUGAUAAGCGUCCACACCUUAAAAAUAUCCUAGCAUCAUCAACAAUGGAAAGACAAGUACAGCAACAACAAUCCGAAAAAUCAUCUUCUGCGUCUCCUCGUCUUCAGCCACAAGGAGGUGCCAGCAGCAGCAGCAGCUUCCCAGUGACGACAACAGAAGAUACUUCUGCAAGCUCUGUCCUUGGUAAACGUACGCGUGAGAAUUCUGGAGAAGCCGAAGCGGAUAACAAAGAAGCACUGCAGGAGCGACGAUCAGCACGAGAACGAGAUAACCAAGAACGACUGCAACACAAAGAGAACCGGCAACAACGUAUCAAGGAAAUUGUUCGAUUUUUGAAGGAACCUCAAAACUAUCAAAGACUUCCCAUCCUGGAGCAGAUUAACCAAAAUGUCGAGCAACAAGUGGAGGAAGCGAUUUUAGAACGUAUCAAUUUUAUUCGAGAGGAUGGACAACCACGAUACCAAGAUCCUGAAUUAAACCAGCUUCGCCGUAGCAGUCUCCUCAAUGAUUCUGAAAGGCGUAGUCUGGAUUUCAGACUGGUACAGCUGGCGAGAUGGGUUGAACAAGAACGUAUCAGGGACGCCAUUGAAAGGUGGAAAGGUAUUCGCACGGAGGCCGAGCAACUUGAAAACAUUCCUAUUGAUGAGAAUGAUACGCAUGCCCGAGAACUACAUGAAAACCAGCGCAUGCUGCAUGCCUUUGCACUUACCAAUGUUCAUUUCGGCGAUACUACUCCAGAGAUUGAGGCACGUCGCGAUAAAGUGUGGAGUUAUAUGCCUAGUUUCGAACAAAGAGUGGAUCAGCAGAUACUCGAGGCUGAGCAGCGUAUUGCGGAGUCGCUCGAUCGUCUUCGCCAUCGAGAAGAACAGCAGCAACAACAAAAUCGCAAUGAGUAG